AUGGAAAACUCAGACGAAAGAAACGAACAACUUCCCUUCUCUCCAAACCCUAAGAAUGCCAACGACGACGAAAUCGACGAACAAGAAGACGAAGAGGAAGAGGAAGAGGAAGAAGAUGACGGCGACGACGACGACGACGACGUCGUUUCGCACGAGCCUUAUAAUCGGAACGACCGAUCCUCAUUGUCGAGUUUGCGCGAGCAGCGUUCGAAGCUACAAACCCUCUCCCGGCGAUUGGCUUCCGAGCUGGUCCCUAUCCGCGUCCACGACGUGCUGAUUCGAGGCAACACGAAGACCAAGGAUUGGGUGAUUGAGGCGGAGCUCAAGCUUCUCCAGGACGCCUCCACCGUGCAGGAGCUCAUUCGCGCCUCCGAAAUCGCCCUCACCAGGCUCCAGAGCCUAGAGAUUUUCGAGUCCACCGAGCUCACGCUCCAGGCCGGGCCGCCGGAGCUUCCUCAUACUGCCAAUGUCGUCGUCGACGUCGUCGAGACCGCCAACAAAGUCUCCGGUGAAUUCGGCGUUUACACCAAACCCUCGACGAGUUCUUGGACUGCUGAAGGGGGUCUUAAAUACAAAAACUUGUUAGGUUAUGGUGAUCUAUGGGAUGCCUCUUUGGCCUAUGGUGGCAACCAAGCAACAGAGGUGAGUGUAGGAGUGUUUGCUCCUAGACUGAAAGGGUUGUUAACUCCUCUUCUAGCACGUCUUUCCAUGCUUUCCCAAGAUUGGCAAGAGUUUUCUUCCUACAAAGAGCAGUUGUUAGGAUUGUCUCUUGGCUUAAUCUCAACAAGGCAUCAUGACUUAGUCUACACUCUUGGAUGGCGUACCUUAACCGAUCCAUCACAAAUGUCAUCCAGGUCUAUAAGGAGGCAGCUUGGGCAUGGUUUAUUAUCAUCUCUGAAGUAUACAUUUAAAAUUGACAGGAGAAACUCACCUAUUAGGCCUACAAAUGGAUAUGCUUUUCUUUCCACUACUCACUUUGGUGGCCUUACACCAGAUCAUCGGAGCUUGCGAUUUCUACGCCAGGAAUUUGAUGUUCGCUGUGCCAUCCCCUUUGGGUUUUAUAACACAGCUCUUAACCUUGGGAUUUCUGCUGGUGCUGUUUUUCCAUGGGGGCAUGACUUCAUGAACAAGUCAUCUCCGCUUCCUGAAAGGUUUUAUUUGGGUGGUGAUUUCUCUCCAGUUUGCACCCUAGGUGGACCAAUAACAUUGUGGGGAUUUAAAACUAGGGGAUUAGGUCCUACUGAACCACGAAGGAGAACUAGAGAUGGAAUUAUUGAUGACAAUGAUGAUUCCUCUAGAUGGGACUUCAUUGGAGGAGAUCUUGCUGUUACGGCAUUUGCAGACCUGUCUUUUGAUCUUCCAAUUAGGUGGUUGAGAAAUCAUGGAAUCCAUGGUCAUGUUUUUGCUGGUGCUGGGAAUACUGCAAAAUUGACUCAGAAUGAAUAUAAGCGCUUUUCACCUCGGAAGUUCUUAGAUUCCUUUCGGACUUCAGUUGGAUGUGGAUUUGUUGUUCCUACUAAACUUUUUCGCCUAGAGGGUAACUUCUACUACGUACUCAAGCAGAGUGAACAUGAUCGUGGGAAGACUGGUUUUAGGUUCAGCUUCUCAGCUCCUUCUUAG